CCUUCCCUGGGCUUUCCUCAUUCCUCACCUCGGGUAUAUAAAAGCCACUGCCAGCAGCUGUGACCGUGGGCAGCUCCACUGUGACAUCAAAGGGUCCAGGAGGGACAAGGCGGGGUUUCCAUCUGGGACACGGGCUGUGAAGGAGCUCCUGGAGCUGGGACCCACAGCAGUGCUGCAGCAGGACCCUCUUCUCCUUUCUUUGCAAACACCUUUCCGUGCAUAAACAAACACUGCCCAGCCUGCAUUGUCACCCCGAGAGGCCGAGUUUGGGCAGGAACAGGAGGUCCUUGAAGGUGCUGGGUCAGGAGAUGCCAACCUUCUUGUGUCUCAUCCUUCUCGGGGGCCUCCUGCCCCCCUCUCAGGGCCUCCUCAACCUGCUGAACCCAAAGCAAGCCAUAGGUGGUCUGCUUGGCACUGGUGGAAAAAGCGGAUUGCUUGGCACGGGUGUUCUUGGUGAAGGUGGACUGCUUGGCACUGGCCUCCUGGGCAAGGGAAGUCCAAGCGGAGGUCCCCUUGAAGCAGCAAAUGAACCCAGCAGAUCUGGGGUCCUCGGCACAGGCCUCCUAGGAGGACAACCUGGCAGCAGCGGUCUGCUUGGCACAGGAAUCCUCGGUGGGGAAGGACUUGGCAACAAUAUCCUCGGUGGAGAAGGACUUGGCAACAGCAUCCUCGGUGGAGAAGGACUUGGUAAAGGCAUUCUUGGUGGGGAAGGACUUGGCAAAGGCAUUCUUGGUGGGGAAGGACUUGGCAAAGGCAUUCUUGGUGGGGAAGGACUUGGCAACAGCAUCCUCGGUGGAGAAGGACUUGGUAAAGGCAUUCUUGGUGGGGAAGGACUUGGCAAUGGUCUCCUCAACAACGGUCUCCUUGGCAAUGGCCUCCUCAGCAAUAACAGCCUUCUUGGAGAUAAAGGUCUGCUUGGCACAGGGCUGCUUGGGAAAGGAGGUCUCCUAGGCAAUGGAAGUCUACUUGGUCUCGAUGGUCUUCUGGGUGAAGCAGGAGGACUUCUGGGUGCAGGAGACCUGCUGGGUGGUGGAACCUCUCAGAAGAUGUCAUUCUUCGCCUGGUUGAAGGUGCUGAACCUCGAGAAUGCCCGAGUGUCAUGGAAGGUCCUUCAUGGGAAGGAGCUGGUGCUGAACCUGUACUCGAAGCUGGUGCUCCGCUUUCCAGGGAUUUUUAACUUCCUGAGUGGAUCCUCGGUAGAGACGAACAUCACGUCACACAUUGCCUUGACCCAGGACACCCCCGGGAACCUCAAGCUGGCGAUUAAGGAUUGCAACAACCUGCUCGGCGGCUUCAGCGUCAACCUGCGGAAGGGCCUCCUCACCAACCUGGUGAGCAGAUUGCUGAAUUCUACUCUCAAGUCCCUUGUCCCUGCGCUGUUCUGCCCGUUAGUGAAUGGCUGGGUCAGAAUCAUCAACAUUAAACUACAAUUCCUCCGGACAGACUGA